UAGGGCUAUAGAUGCAUUGUUUGCGAAGGCUAUCGAUCUCUUGUCCUUGCCACGGUCGUCCCAUCGGAGCUCCAUUUCUUAGGCCGUCACUGCUAGGGCUGUGCACAAUGUCUAGAUCGAGCCACAGGGGGAGAGCGCAAGGACGAGGCGGCCGCGGGGGGAGAGGCGGCGGCGGCGGCGGACGAGGAGGAGGAGAGCAGCGAUGGUGGGAUCCUGCCUGGAGGGCUGAGAGGCUGAGGCAAAUGCGCGAAGAGAGGGGUCCCGAUGUGGAAUUGGACGAGGAUGAAUGGUGGACGAAGCUGGAAGAGCACAAGUUCUCGGACGAGGAAGAGAUUGUGAUAAAAACGAACUAUGGACGUGCCGGCGCUGAUAAGCUCGAGGCAAUGGCUCGUGAAUCUGGAUUUUAUUUUCAUGCAUAUAACCGAGGCCGGAACACGGUGCUGGUUAUCAGCAAAGCUCCUCUGCCCAACUAUCGAGCUGAUCUUGACGAGAAGCAUGGACAGUCGCAGCGUAAGAUCAGUAUCUCAGCUGACACAGAGACGCAUGUUGAGUCCAUGCUAGCGAAAUCAAUUGGAAAAAUCUCGGUGGUGAAAGACUGCGCUGGAACAUCUUCACACGGUGACGACAGUACUUUGGAUGAACGUCGGAAAGGUGUUGUGAACGUCAACAACACCGAGCUCAGUGCAAGGCUAAAAGCGCGUCAAAAAGAACUACAGGCCGGUCCGGCAGCAAAGUCAAUGACAUCUUUCAGAAAGAAGCUUCCUGCUUUUAAAAUGAAAGAUGAGAUCCUGCAAGCGGUUUCUCAAAAUCAGGUGCUAGUAGUCUCCGGAGAAACAGGAUGCGGGAAAACCACGCAGUUGCCACAGUUUAUUCUCGAAGAAGAGAUAAAUGCAGGGCGAGGCGCGGCUUGUGACAUAAUUUGUACACAACCUCGAAGAAUUUCCGCCAUAUCAGUUGCUACUCGCGUUGCUGAUGAAAGGGGAGACGAGCUUGGUGAAAGUGUUGGCUAUCAAAUCCGACUGGAGGCCAGGCGUUCGCAAGAGACGAGGCUACUCUUUUGCACGACUGGUGUGCUUUUGAGACGUCUGGUUCAAGAUCCGCUGCUAGAGGGCGUCAGUCAUGUGAUAGUCGAUGAAAUACACGAGCGUGGAAUGAACGAAGACUUCCUGCUGGUUGUUCUACGAGACCUUCUACCGAAGAGGCCUAAGCUACGUCUCAUUCUCAUGAGCGCAACUAUCAAUGCCGAUAUGUUCUCCAAAUAUUUUGGCAAUGCACCGAAGCUGCACAUUCCGGGUUUUACCUUUCCCGUUCGAGAAUUUUUCCUGGAAGAUGUUGUGGAAAGUACUGGAUUCCAAUCACAAAAUAACCAAGCAAGUUCUCGGUUUUCUGGAGGAAGACGAAUUGAGAAACAAAAGGAUUCUCUGACUGAACUUUUUGAGGAAGUGGUCAUCCAAGAUACAUACAAGCAAUUUUCCAAGUCAACAAGGAAGUAUUUGGAGUGCUGGAAUCCAGAAAUCAUAGACCUUGACCUGGUGGAGGCAGCAAUUCAACACAUAUGCGAAGAGAAGGACGAUGGUGCUAUUCUGGUAUUCUUAACAGGUUGGGAUGACAUUUCCAAGCUUUUGGACAAGCUGAAACUCAAUCCAUCCGUAAGAAAUGAACUGCUGCUUCCUCUGCAUGGAUCCAUGCCUACAAUUAAUCAAAGGCAAAUAUUUCAACGCCCUCCACCUGGUGUAAGAAAAAUUGUCUUAGCGACGAAUAUUGCAGAAACUAGCAUAACUAUUGAUGACGUUGUGUAUGUUAUCGACUGUGGGAAAGCUAAGGAAACUAGCUAUGAUGCUCUUAACAAGCUGGCGUGCCUUCUUCCAUCCUGGAUAUCCAGGGCUGCUGCUCAUCAGAGAAGAGGACGAGCCGGAAGGGUGCAACCUGGAAUUUGUUUUCAUCUCUACCCGAAGCUGAUGUACGAUGCUAUGGCACAGUAUCAGCUUCCAGAAAUCCUGCGAACACCCCUGGAAUCUCUUUGUCUGCAGAUAAAGAGCCUACAGGUCGGAAGUAUAGCGAAGUUCUUAUCUAAAGCUCUGGAGCCUCCAGAGCUCCGUGCUGUGGAUAAUGCUAUUGAGUCUUUAAAGACGAUCGGUGCCUUGGACGAUCGUGAGGAGCUGACGUCUCUUGGUCGACACCUUACAACAUUGCCGUUAGAUCCAAAGGUUGGCAAAAUGCUGCUGAUGGGAGCCAUAUUUCAGUGUCUAGAUCCAGCGCUAACGAUUGCGGCAGCCUUGGCUCACCGGGAUCCUUUUGUUAUUCCGAUCGAUAAGAGAGAUGCUGCUGACGAAGCGAAACGAAGGCUCGCAGGAAACGCGAGAAGGUACUUUUCUAUUCAGUCAAGCCUUGAUUUUCAUGGGGUUCUUUUUAUGAUGUUGAUAAGCAGUGACCACUUAGCUCUAAUGAGGGCAUAUGAAGGUUAUAUAGUUGCCAAGCGACAUGGACGCGAACGCAAUUAUUGCUGGGAGAAUUUUUUAUCUGCACAGACUCUACAAUGGAUGGACGGUGCGAGAGAACAGUUUUACGACCAUCUUUCUAAGAUUGGCUUCGUCGAUAACUCAUCAAACUCAGCAAACUAUGCGGUAGAGUUUACUUUGCAAUGUCUGUCUCCAACUUACGAUGCAUUUCUCGUCCAGGCUUACAACAAGCACAGUGACGAUCUGGAAAUGGUUCGUGCGGUUUUGUGCGCUGGUUUAUACCCGAACGUCGUGCAAUGCAAGGCAAGGGGAAGACGAACAGCGUUUUUCACAAAGGACGAUGGCAAAGUCGAGCCUCAUCCGGCCUCUGUCAACAGUCGAGUCGGCCAGUUUGCACAGCCAUGGCUCGUCUACAGUGAGAAGGUGAAGACAACCGGGAUCUACCUUCGGGACACCACCAACAUUUCCGACUAUGCUCUUCUCAUGUUUGGAGGGCCGCUCGUCUCAAACGGCAAAGGUGUGGAGAUGCUCGAUGGCUAUCUACAAUUCACAGCGUCUGCCAAGACCAUGGAGCUUGUAAAUGCAUUGCGGUCGCAGCUAGAUGACUUGCUCACGAGAAAAAUCAAGGAUCCAAGAUUUGAUAUACAUAGAGAAGGGAAACAUGUGGUAAGCGCAGUUUUGGCAUUGUUGCAUUGCGAGGAGAAGCAAUAUUAUUAGUGACGAAUAUUUAAUUUGCAAUUAGUAAGCUUGCAAUCCAUUCUUCUA